UAAAAGAUUAGUGCUAAGAAAAAAAACGACUAGGAUCACGGCUUUAGGAUCACAACUUCAUUUUUUAUCUCACAUUGCGCAAUGAUAACAAGACGUGAUAUUAGCCAAAUAUACGUUAUCUGCAUGUGCGUGAUAUUUCAAUUCAUUUCAUUGUAUUCGUUUGUAUAUUUCGAUUCGCCUAACCGCGAAAUGUCAAUUGCUUACCCUUACUAUUCUCCAAUAACAUUUGCCGAGACGAUAGAACAAAAUGGUACGAAAAGCAUUUGAAGAAACGAGGAAUGAAUAAUACCAGCGCGAUCUUCCACGAUAUUUUAUCAGGACGCCGACCGAUCUCCUUGUCUCUGUACGUCGCUGGCGGCAUCGUAAUCGCGAUUAUAAUUUGCACCUGCUGCUGCACCCUGUUCGUGAGAAACAAGUGUGCGAGGAUCUUUAAUAAGCUGACGGGGAGGCGGAAAAAAGAAAAGUAUUUCUCCGAUGUUGAGGAAGGACGAAAGAAGUUGCGGAAAAAGAGGAAGAGACCCGUGUCGCCGGACUUGACGUACAUCCCGACGGAAGUCACCGCGCCGAUUAUCCCUAGGGAACCGGAGAGGUUGGAGAACGGGUCACCGACCCCCUGUUACAAAUGUUACAGAAAGAAGAAGCGAGGACGGAAAGCGAAGAGGCAGACACGAUGAGACCAAGAAGAAGGUUAAUCGACAAGUAAAUGAGCAAAAAUGAGACAUCUUUCCAAAGAAAUAAAAACACACGUACAUGUACGAGACAGAAUGAUGGUCUUUUGUUUUCAUCUGCGCGAUUCUUUUUCUAUUCCUGUAACGUCGUCUCGUUUGGACGGAAAAAUGCGGUCUUGGGCGAUCGGUAUUUACGUUACGAUCAGUGCGACGAUUUUUAUCCCAAGAGCCCGCGGGACGAUAGACGUGAAUCUGAGCGAAUUGGAGUAUCUCGCGGCUCGAUUGGACCCGUACGAGUGCAGACGAUUGAUCGCCGCGCUUCAUUACACGACUUACGACUUGCCGAAGAAUCUGGCUGCGGCAGGUCAGCUCUCAGCUCUCCUUUCCAGUUUUAUAAUUUUAAACCACUUGCCUCGUUAAUUUGAUUUCGCUUUAUUCGCGUGUCGAAGGAUUCUAUAUAUACUAACUUUUAUUCUCGCGAAUAAAAGAGCGUAAGGUGGACGAGGAGAUCCCGUGUCUGCGUCAACUGCUUCAUUGGAAUAGUUCCCCGGCGGAGGGUCGGGGCAAGACGCACGCGGCGAUUAUACAUCGGCUUCGACAGCUAAAUCGCAACGAUCUCGCCGAUUGGCUCGGCAGAACUACCUUCAAACAACUGGGAAAGGAUCUGGACAACGCUAUUACGUUGUCCUUCGACGAGCUCGCCAAGGAAGAAAUGGAAACCAGCACGUCGGCAUUCCGCAUUGCUAAUUAUACUCAGGACUGUGCAAAACACGAUCAAAACAUCCUUUCCUUCGUAUAUAAAAUGCAUGAUAAUCCGUAAAGUAUCAUUUUAACGGUAAAAUAUAAAGUGGCGAGGAAGAGAGCACUAAAACAAAUUGAGCAAUGCUCACCAUUUAAAUAUCAUAGAAAAUGUCUUUUAUUAUUUCCUCAACGCGUAUCUAAAGAAAUCAAAGAUUUAUAUAAAGUGUAUUGCCCAGUACUGGAUUAUAAUCCGAUAUUUUUUACCUGACUAUUCUGCAUACCGAUUCUUUUAACAUAAAAGAUUUGGCCGAAUAAUGCAUGAAGUAUUCAUCGUUUAUAGCUUGUUUGCGACAGCUGAGUCCGUUACCUGGACUCAAGAGGAAGAUACGUGGUUACCAGUCGACACAAUUCUUAUGGCUCUUGUGCUUGGAUUAUUAGGGACGCUGUUCGUUUUAAUUGUGGCCAUUAUCGUACAUACCGUCAAGAGCAAUAAAAAUUAAAUGCCAUGUAUAUGUCCCUCCCCGUUGUCCCGAAGUUUAAAUAAAGUUUGUAAAAUAUGAAUAUCUCUAUGUUAAAGAAUAAAACUAAUGAAAAAAAGAGGUUCUUCUUUUUGAUCUUUUUCUCAUCUCGUUAAUAACGUUUUAUCUCUCAAUUUUUUGUU